UUUUCUGUAUAAAACUGACGAGGCAACUUGAUCCCAAAACAUCAACUAUACAAAAUCCCCCCCCAAUUCAUCUUCAAAAGAUCAGCUCAACAACAGAGAACCAAAAGCGAAACCUAAACCAUGGGUCAGGGAACACCGGGCGGUCUGAAUCGGCAUGGUCUCCCAGGGGACCGGAAACCCGAUGGCUCUGACAAGAAGGAGAAGAAAUUUGAACCAGCGGCACCCCCAGCCAGGGUGGGUCGCAAGCAACGAAAACAGAAAGGACCCGAAGCGGCGGCUCGUCUCCCGGUCGUAACGCCAAUGACGAAGUGUAAGCUCCGGCUGUUAAAGCUGGAGCGGAUCAAGGACUAUUUACUGAUGGAAGAAGAGUUUGUAGCUAACCAGGAAAGGCUAAAGCCGCAGGAAGAGAAAGCCGAGGAGGAUCGAUCUAAAGUCGAUGAUUUGAGAGGGUCGCCGAUGAGUGUGGGUAAUUUGGAGGAGCUGAUCGAUGAGAAUCAUGCGAUUGUUUCGUCGUCGGUUGGACCGGAGUAUUAUGUGGGGAUUUUAUCUUUUGUUGAUAAGGAUCAGUUGGAGCCUGGAUGUGCUAUUUUAAUGCACAAUAAGGUUCUUUCUGUGGUUGGACUUCUGCAAGAUGAAGUUGAUCCCAUGGUAUCAGUGAUGAAGGUUGAAAAGGCUCCAUUAGAAUCUUAUGCAGAUAUAGGAGGUUUGGAUGCUCAGAUACAGGAGAUCAAAGAGGCAGUUGAGCUCCCUCUUACUCACCCUGAAUUAUAUGAGGACAUUGGUAUCAAACCUCCAAAAGGAGUUAUCUUGUAUGGAGAGCCUGGGACAGGCAAAACCUUGCUGGCAAAGGCGGUGGCUAAUUCUACAUCUGCAACAUUCUUGCGUGUUGUUGGAAGUGAACUAAUUCAGAAGUACUUGGGAGACGGUCCCAAGUUAGUUAGGGAACUUUUCAGAGUUGCUGAUGACCUUUCCCCUUCAAUUGUCUUCAUUGAUGAAAUUGAUGCAGUUGGUACUAAGAGGUAUGAUGCCCAUUCUGGUGGUGAACGUGAAAUUCAGAGGACCAUGUUGGAGUUACUGAACCAAUUAGAUGGCUUUGAUUCAAGAGGAGAUGUCAAAGUGAUUCUUGCAACAAAUCGAAUUGAAAGUCUUGAUCCAGCUUUGCUUCGUCCUGGUCGAAUUGAUAGGAAGAUCGAAUUUCCCCUACCUGACAUCAAAACGAGGAGGCGUAUUUUCCAGAUACAUACAUCGAGGAUGACAUUGGCUGAUGAUGUAAAUUUGGAAGAAUUUGUUAUGACAAAAGAUGAGUUCUCUGGAGCUGAUAUAAAGGCAAUAUGUACUGAGGCUGGUUUGCUUGCUUUAAGGGAGCGACGCAUGAAGGUGACGCAUGCAGACUUUAAGAAGGCCAAGGAAAAGGUGAUGUUCAAAAAGAAAGAAGGGGUUCCAGAAGGACUUUAUAUGUAGAAAAACUUGUUUAAAAUUCCAGGACUUUAUUGUACCCAAAAAUAUUUUUCUGUUUCGGGUUUUCUACUUCCUGGCAAGCACAUAUAGUUUAGGAGCUAUAUGAAGCAUAUAAAAUGUUGAUCGUUUCAAGACAUUUACAAGGACACUUGGGGUGAUUUCUUGUCUACUUGAUUGAAACCACAUUGGUUUUCACUCUUGCUUGAAGCCUUGAGAGUUGAUACAUUUAUGCUCGUCGUGCCAGAGCAUCGAAUAGAUUGGGCAUUCACCCUAUCAAUAUCUCAAAUCAAUGAUCAGUUGGAUCGAUAUCCCUGCUCCGGCCUAAUCGGCAUACGAAUCUGCCCGAACCAAUUGUCAGACUAUUAUUCCGUUUUGUUCCUUUAAGUAACUCAAAAAGGAUCAAUUCUCUUU